UGGUUCUUGAAAUUGUCAUUCUACCCCCAAAAUUCUCCACUUUCUUUGGGAAAAAAAGAACAGAGCCCUCUCACUGAUAUGUUCUACUCUUUCUACACUUCUAUUUACAGUGAGAUUUUUUCCCAGUUUUAUUUGUUUAUUUUUUAUUAUUUUAUUUUUUUGACAUUUUCCUUCUGGAGUUAAGAGGAGGCAGAAAGGAAUUAUAUGUCGUUUGUGAUCACAGGUGUAACUGAUCUGGCUAGAGCAUUAGAGAAACUCUGGCCUUUUUCUCAUUUACUGUUGUGUUUUUUUUUUCUUGGUUCAAUUUUGUAGGCAAGAAAAGUGUCUCUUACCUUCUUCCAUGAUUUUUAGACCCAAAAGGAGGACUUGUUUUGGAGUUGUGCUUUGGGGCUUUUCAUGUGAAAAGGUUCCGUUUUUCUCAUUUGGCUGUGGGGUUUUCUUGGAACUGACGAUUUUACCAGAAAUUUAAUUCUCUGUGUUGGAGGGGUUUAGGGUUUAUCUAUUUUUUUCCCAAAUUGUUCAAGAUAUGAACUGGCUUCCCAAAGAGUUGGUUAGUCCAGAUAUGUGUAAGAAGUUGGAAAAGGAUGUUAAAAGGGAGAGGGUGAUGGAUGGUUGCAUUGAUUCAGUGAGGAAAGUUCGGAUCAUCUACGAUGAUCCCGAUGCUACUGACUCUGAGAGCGAUGAUGAUCAGAAUGCUCGUGUUGAUAAAAAUGUCGUUAGAAUCAAGCGUGUUGUUAAGGAAGUUGUUAUUCCUUGUGUUUCAUUGGAGAAGGACUUUGAAAAAUGUUCUAAACUUGAUGACAUUAGGAUAAAGAAUUCCAAGAAGAUUCUUGAAAACAAGAGGGUGCAGCUAAAAUCGUCGUCCUUGCCUAAAGGGGUUAGGAUGAGAAAAUGGGGGAAAUAUGCAGCGGAGAUCAGAGACCCCUCGCUGGGGAAAAGAUUAUGGUUAGGGACUUUUGAGACUGUGGAAGGGGCUUCACAAGCAUACGAGGCAAAGAGGGCUGAGUUUGAUAGAAAAAUUUCAUUGGGGAAGGGUAAGAAUUUGAGCUUUGUUGGAGAUCCUGCUGAUUGUUCUAUGGGUUGUUCAGCUCAUCCUACAAAUGGGACUAAUCGUUUGUACUCACACCCAUCCCCGUCUUCGGUGCUAGAUGUACCCACAUCAUCAGCUGCUGCCACACUCGAGUCCAAUGACAAUCCAAUGAGAGAGAUGGCUCUAAUGCUAGAUUCAGGUUGUGAAGAUUUUAACUUGAGAUUUGAGGAUCAAAUGCUUCAUGAAUUUGUUGACAAGGGAAGAGAGGGAUUGAUCGAAGAUCCUUUGAUAGAACAAGGCUCCAUUAGCAAUAGCCUUGUGGAGAUGACUGAAGUGAAUAUCAGGAAGAAAACAAAAGCCAGACAACCAACGAUAGAAAGUUGUAAAAAAUUAACAAAGGGAAUUGAGGACCGCCACAAUGACCAGUCCAUUUUCAGUGUAUUAGACGAGCCCCUAACCAUGUCUCCUAUUAGUACAGAACUGCUUAACUUGAACAUCGAGGAAACUGCAGUUACGGGUAAUAACUUGAAACUACUAGGCUUUAAUGACGAUGCUUUAUUUGACCAGGAUUUAGCACAAACGUUUGAUCCAUAUACAGAUGUUAUAGGCUUGGACAACAAUUUUCAAUGCUGUGAUGGUUUGAAUGAAUGUGUUUAUUGCGAAGUCUUCACAGAUGAAGUUGACCUUAAAUGGUUAGAUGAUCUUUUGUUACAAGACCAAUCAGCUCCGUAGGUAUGGGAGUAAGUUGAAGAGUUGUAAAGUCGAAAAUGUUGGCAAUGAAGGGGGUGGUUCUUGGGAUUUUCACCUUUGCUCAAAAGAUGUUCCCAGGAUUUUUUACUCAAAUCCUCCAGUUCCUAACCCAAAAAGGAAGAGGAACUUCUAUUUAUGUUGUUAGUUAUUGGUAUUACCAAUAUAUUAGAGCAAUUGUGUAUGCUAGAUGUGUUACAUUAUGCACAUAUGUUUGUGGCUUCUUGAUUUCAUGUGAAGAAUCUGAAAGGUGAAAGGUAGAGCCUCUUCUUUUUC